GAUUUGAAAAAUUAUGCUUGAAAUUAUCAAGCGAGUGUUGUUUGUUUAUCAACUAGUUUCUAUUAUUUCGGAUUUAUUCAUUGUUUUCCAUAGUUUUCGAAGGAUUUUUUUUCUUGCUGAGCAUAUUUUACAUACGAACAAUAUGGAUUAUGUUGAUAUACAAGCCGUUGAGUCGAAGCUAACCGACGUCACAGUAACUCCAAUUCCGAUGGGAACCAAGCUAUCAUCUGCUGGCCAUGGAAAUGUUACCAACGCAAGCUACAACAACCACCACCAUCAGCUGCAGCAGCAUCAGCACCAACAACAGCAGCCGUUUCAGGUUCAACCGCAGAACUUGACGACCACCGCAGCAGCUUCGGCAUCACCCACUCCGUCGCCUUCUGCGUUGGCCCUCGUAACACCGGUGAGCAACUUGAACCACUUCCCGAAUAAUAAUUCCAACCUUUCGAAGUACGCACAGCUACUGAUGGUCAUUGAGGAGAUGGGACGCGACAUUCGUCCCACCUAUUCCGGGAGCCGUAGUUCAGCCGAGCGACUGAAACGUGGCAUUGUUCACGCUAGGAUUCUGGUGCGGGAAUGUCUGCUAGAGACGGAACGAUCAGCUAGGCAGUAAUUUGCUUGCGCCCAGUUCAAGGAUUUAGUCAGUGAGCGGAUUAGGAUAAGUCGGAUAAAUUAGGUAUACGAUGUAAUUACCUAGACAUUAGUUGUGUUAAACGGUUUCAUAAGUGUUGUACAGGUACUCUUCGAUAUAUUUAUCGUACAAAUAAAUUUCCUGUAUCCAAGUGUACGUUAUAUCGAAGCAGAAAAAAUAUUCUCUUUUUAUGCUGAAUUUGUCGUGAAAGAAGUCAGAAAUAAAUAAUAAUUUCGGGGAAAUUCACAUGUCCACGUUUCGGUGAAAGUCCACGUUUUCACGAAAAAGCCAUUUCGAUUUUUGUGUUUCGGUAUAACGUACUUAUAGUCUUAUACCCUCGAUAUCACGUACACUCAAAGUUUAACAAGGCU